CUCUCCGGUCCAAGCAUGCAUCCCUACAAAACAGCCACGCAUCUCUCGAUCCACUCCUACUCGCUGCCCAUUUUAGCACCCUGCCAGGUCCCAGCCCCUCCUGAAUCCUCUCUCACUCACUCACUCUCUGCUGUUCAUCCGUUUCGUUGAUCUUGGCCUCGCGCGCCAGGCCACUCCGAUCCCCGGGCGGGCCAAUGGGGAACCCACCGGAGCUGUACUACGAGAUCCUGCACGUCGCCAAGGACGCCUCCCCGCAGGGGGUCAGGGCGGCGUACAAGACACUGGCGCGGCAGUGGCACCCCGACAAGCACCCGCCCGCGUCCAGGCCCGAGGCCGAGGCACGGUUCAAGGCCAUCACCGAGGCCUACGAGGCGCUGCUGGACUGGCAGGAGAACAGGGCGGUGUUCGCCGCGUGGGACGAAGUGAGGAGUAGGGCGGCCAAGAAGGACAGCAACGUCGGGGAUGCCACACCGGCUAUAGCGAGAGCACGGGAUGAGAAGGCCGGCGUGGCGGGGAGCGCCGGGCCCUGCACGCCGGCGUGGGAGUCGACCAAGAAGGUGUACAGCUCCUGCAGCAACGUCGCGGGCGGCGGGCGGCGCGCAUUCGCCGAGUUCUCCAGCUACGUGGUGCGCAAGGCGCCGCCGCUGGAGUGCAAGGUGGAGUGCACCCUCGAGGAGCUCUGCAACGGGUGCAAGAAGGAGGUGAGGUACACCCGCGACGUCCUCACCAAGAACGGACUGAUCACCAAGAAGGAGGUGACGCAGACCAUCCGGGUGAAACCCGGGUGGAGGAAAGGCACGGCGGUGACGCUGGAGGGCGCGGGCGACGAGCGGCCAGGCUGCCUGACGGGCGACGCCGUGUUUGUUAUAACGGAGAAGAGGCACAAGCGGUUCAAGAGGCUCGGCGACGACCUGGUGCUGAAGGCGCAGGUCCCGCUGGUGACCGCGCUGACCGGGUGGUCGCUCUCGUUCAGGCUGCUUGGUGGCGACAAGUUCCGGUGCUCAUUCCGCGACGAGGUCAUCUGCCCCGGGUACGUGAAGGUCGUGAAGGGCGGAGGCAUGCCCGUCGCCGGCGGCGAGAAGGGCGCGCGCGGGGACCUGAGGUUGAAGUUUGAUGUCGUCUUCCCCGAGAACCUCACUGACGAGCAGCGGAAGGGGCUCGCCGAGAUCCUCGGAGGCUGCGCCUGAUGCUUCCUGAUCCUCUCUGAUGCUGCGUUUUGUGACGACUUCUUUGUCGUGUAAAUUUUUGUUACGCUUUUGUUAAUACUCAGAACAGGACUCUAGAACACAUACACAUCGAUGUCCUUGUACAUAGAUUAGAGGCUGUUUUCGUUCUGAUUACAUAAUUGCAAAGUGCAAGAGCAGUGAUC